GCCGCCCAUCUCUUCCUCGCCCGUAAGCAUCGGUUGAUUGGAGCCGAGCUUGACGUAGCCCCGUAGGUGGGCGGGAAAAGGGGAUCCGCGUGCCCGUCCGUGUUUACGUGCAGGCGUGCGCGCGCGUGCGCGACAGUUCCUGAGGACCGCCGCUGGGAUCCCGGGAUGUCGGUAGCGUUUGUGCCAGAGCGGCUGAGGGGGAAGGCGGAAGUUAACCAGGAGACGAUCCAGCGGUUGCUGGAGGAAAAUGACCAGCUGAUCCGGUGCAUUGUGGAGUACCAGAAUAAGGGGCGGGCUGCAGAGUGUACGCAGUACCAACAUGUAUUGCACAGAAAUCUCAUUUAUUUGGCUACCAUUGCAGAUGCCAGCCCAGCAAAUGCUCCUAAAACAGUGGAUUGAUUGAUUAGUUCUUGCUUUUUGCCAUAUUGUGAGUAUUUAUCCCCUUCAAAUAAAUGGAGCCAUGACCUUUGCCAGUACCAUUGUUGAAGUCACACCUGGGAAACAGUACUUCAGGCCCAUUUUCAAGGGCGAAAGGUUCGAGCAAAAUAUUAAGAGCAGCUGGAUAUCAAUGUCACUUUUCAUUACUCAGCGCAUCUCUCUAAGUAUUUUGUCAUCCAACACAUCAUUUUUGUGAAUCACCAACCUUAGAGGGGAAAACCCUCCAGAAUACCUUUUCAGAACUUACUUCUUGUGCUGUUAGCAUAAAAGAGGCUGAGUGGGAACAGCAGGCAUGACACUUCUGGCAGUACCCUGUUAUGUAUAUACAUACAAAUGUAAUUGUUCCCAGCAAUUGUUUAUUAAAGUUAUGGUUCUCUGAAA